AUGGUGUCCACGUUGACGCAGAAAUGGCUUCGGCAGAAUGUGCACUCUUAUCCAGGCCGUGACCGCGUCUACGCGGAUGCCAACGCUGUUCUCUCUCGCUUCCCAACCAUCAGACCCAAGACAGACGUUUAUACUUUUGACGAUGGGCGGACACAACUGCUCCUCUGUCUCCAUGGUCUACUGCCCAUCACAUUCCGUCAAGCGUCCUACAAUAUACCGAUAGCCAUAUGGAUAACACAUGACUUUCCUCGCCGACCUCCGCUUGUUUAUGUCGUCCCGACAAGUGAAAUGCUGGUCAAGGCAGGUAAAUACAUGGACGUCAGCGGGAAGUGCAAUAUCACCUAUAUUCAGAACUGGGAAAGGAAGAGUGAGGCCUGCAAUCUUCUCUCUUUAAUGGAAGAAAUGCAAGACGAAUUCUCCCGAGAGCCGCCUGUCUAUGCGAAGUCGAAGCAGAGUGAGUCAAGGACGCCUGUCACCCCGGGUAGCCCUGUGAGGGAUGCGUCGCAAAGGCAUAGUCACAGACCGACGGUCCGGUACUCUGAUGACCAUCGUCCUCCUCCAAUACCGCCGAAGCCCGGAGCAUCCUUUCCUGACCCACAAUCUCGGCCAGCAAGCGUUCCAUGGCCGGGACAGCAUGAGCUUGCCCCCCCUCAGAGAGCGAUGAGUGUAAGUUCUACCCUGUCCUGUGUGAUCACUAAUCCGCAUAAACAUCGUCUCCAGCCUGUCGUGCCCCCUCGUCCACCGCCCACUCCUGGGAUGUUUGUGCCCUCGCCACAACAUCAACGGAGUAUGUCGAUCCACAGUACGAACCCGUCUGGCAGCACUAUGUAUCAACCUCCCAUAAACCCGAUGUCUCCAGUCUCAUCACCUUCGAGCCAGCGAUGGUCCUUGCCUCCUUCACAAGUGUCAACCUAUGCGCAGAAUACGGACCAGGGUUCUCAGGCACAUCCUAUCCCCCUAGCGAUGAGUCCUCUCCCCCCUCAGGUUUCUCCAUCAUUUGUAGCACCCAACGUAGUUACACCGUCGUAUUCUCCUCUGCCACCCCCGCAGCCAGAACCCCGACCCCCACCUCCUAACCUCCUGGAAGAGCCUGCUGUUGAACUAGGAGAUGCGGUUCCAGCCCCUAGUCACGCACCGCCUCGUCCUAUGAACCCAGAGCUGCUGCGACUUCACGCUGAUGUACAUGCAAAGUUUUCAUCUGAACUAGCGUCACUAUCCCAAGCCAUGGCUCUGGAUGCGGAACGCUUGCGUGCUCACCAGAGAGAUCUGUUGGUGGGUGAACCGGCUAUCCGAGAUGAGAUGGCUAGACUGGAGGCGGUGAAAGAUGUCUGCCGCGGGGUAGCUGGCCGUCUGAGAACGGUAGUAGGGCAAGCCGAAAUGAAUCUUGGUGAGCUAAAGAAGAAGGGUGAUCCAGAAGUGGACGAACUAGUGUGCUCUACCACUAUAGUCCAUAAUCAGUUAAUCAACCUAGUUGCCGAAGAGAACGCUAUAGAGGACACGAUUUAUCAUCUUCACAGGGCCUUAAACACGGGUCGGAUCGAUCUGGACAGAUUUCUAAGGACCACUCGUGUUCUAGCCGAAGAACAGUUUAUGAAGAAGGCUCUUAUAGAGAAAAUCCAGACCGGCUUACCCAUGAGCCAAUGGGCGUGA